UGUUUCAACGGUUUCUACACAAAAUGAAUGAUGGAACUCAGAAUAAAAAGCCACAGGGCAAUGACAUUUUGGGUUUCACAAGUUUAUUUGAGGCUUCCCAACUUGGCAUUGAAGGAGAAGAUGCUCUCGAUCAAGUAGGAGAGUCAACCCGUCAACGCCUCCAUUCAUCUUUGGCCGAUCUUGACCACGUUCAAACUAGAUUCGUGAGAAAUUCACUUGGCAAUCCGUUCCACAAGAGCUUGGCCAGGUUCACGGCUAAUGAUUUGAGGAAUUUUGUGGGACAUUCGUGUAGCUGGACCAAGAAUUUAGGGGAACUUGCCCAUUUGGACAUGAACAUUGUAAGAUCCGUGCAUCAACGGGAAAUCCUCCAAGUCUCGAAUUGGUGGAAAGAACUGGGCAUGGCAAAGGAACUGAAGUACGCAAGGAACCAGCCAAUGAAGUGGUACAUAUGGCCAAUGGCCAUCCUCACCGAAACAGGCUUGUCCCAGGAGAGAGUGCUCGUCACCAAACCCAUCUCAUUCAUCUACAUCAUCGAUGACAUUUUUGACGUCUAUGGCACGAUCGGAGAUCUCACCGCGUUCACGGAUGUUGUCAACAGAUGGGAAUGCACUGAAAAAGACAACAUACCAGACUACAUGAGGACGUGCUUUCAUGCUUUGGAUGAUAUUACCAAUGAAUUCAGCUUGGCGGUGUACAAAAAUCAUGGGUGGAACCCAUUGUGCUCCUUAAGGAAGACGUGGGCAAGCCUGCUAAAUGCCUUCUUGGUGGAGGCAAGAUGGCUUGCCAGUGGUCACUCCCCGACAACACAAGACUACUUGGACAACGCAAUUGUCAGCUCCGGAGUGCACGUCUUGUUGGUCCACUUAUUCUUCAUCUUGGGUGAGAGAAUCACCGAAAGUGUUGAUCAUUUAGAAAAUAUACCUGAAAUUGUAUCUUCCACAGCUUCAAUUCUUCGUCUUUGGGACGACUUGGGAAGUGCCGAGGACGAGUUCCAAGAUGGCCGAGAUGGGUCAUAUGUGGAAUGCUACAAGCGAGAAUUCCAUGGCUCUUCAGAAGAAGCGGCACGAGACCAUGUGAAGAAGAUGAUCUCGGAGGCAUGGAAGAGGCUCAACAAGGCAUGUCUCUAUCCUCAAACAUUCACCAAGUCCUUCAGCAAGGUCCUGAACACAGCCAGGAUGGUCCCGCUGAUGUACAAUUACGACGACAGCCAUUCACUCCCUCUCCUUGAACACCACAUGAAGUCAUUGCUCUUUAAAGGCUCUACCUUCUAAGGGCUUUGCAUCUUUAUCAUCGACCAUAUGGCUAUGUUUAGGCAUAUGGAUUUCUAGCCAAAAUAGGAUUAGAUAAGAUAUGAUAUGAUAUCCAAGGAUUUCGUUAUAUCAUAUCUAAUGUGUAAUUACUUACAAUAACAAAACUUAUGAGG